AUGGAGGGUGACGGACAUGAUUAUGAGAUAGAAGAAGGAUUCAAUCCUCUAGUGGAUGAAGGGGAACAACAAUAUCCACCCCCUCCUCCACUUGAGAAUGUGAAUCAACAAAGGCAACAAGAGCGACCAAGGGAUGUUCGCCCUCGGGUGCAACCGCAAGUGCAAAAUCAACCGAGGCAAACUUUGGGCGAGUUCUUCUUGCCGGAUGUGGAUAAUGCCACGUUCGGAUGUUUUGCUAUGCCGGUUCAAGCGGCGACCUUUGAGAUCAAGCCGAGUACUAUCCAACUCUUGGAGAACCGUUGUGCCUUCUUUGGGUUGAAGCAUGAGGACCCAAAUGCCCAUAUAGCCAAGUUCUUGGGGGUCCUUAAUACGUUCAAGCUUCAUGGGAUAACCGCGGACCAAAUCAAGCUCCGGAUGUUCCCUUUCUCUUUGAGGGAUAAAGCUAGUUUGUGGCUUCAAUCUCUACCCAAUGAAUCGAUCCAUACUUGGCGGGAGUUGGCUCAAGCUUUUCUUAACAAGUACUUUCCACAUGGCAAGACAACAAAGCUAACCAAAGACAUUCUUGAGUUUGUGCAAUUCGACGGGGAGUCGCUCUAUGAAGCUUGGGAGCGCUUUAAGGAUCUACAAAGGAGUGUUCCCCAUCAUAAGCUUAACAAGGAGCAUGUGAUUCAAAUUUUCUAUGAUGCAACGAAUAUCACCACUAGAGCCACUAUUGAUGCGGCUUCGGGGGGGUCUUUGAUGCAAAAGACAUAUGAAGAGGCUCUUGAGUUGGUAGAAAAGUUGGCCAUGGUUAGUAGCACAUGGGGGCCCACGGAUAGAAGAGCACCGGCUAGUCAAAAGUCGGUAAUGACGCUUGACCAAGUUAGAGAGAUGGAAGCUAUCAAGGAGAAAAAUGUUUCACUUCAAGCGCAAGUGGAUGCCUUAAGGAAACAAGUUGCCCCAAGAAAUGCUCCGGUGGCCUAUGUCCAAGUAGGAUGCGAGUUUUGUGGGGAUCUCAACCACUCGGGAGGCGAAUGCCUAGUUACGGGGCAAAGUAUGAGUGAGCAAGUCACAAUAGACCUCCACAACAACAAGGUCCCUACCAAGGAAAUCCAAACCAUGGGAACAACUAUGGUGGUAGACCGCAACACCCUCCCGGUUUUCAACAACCACGGAACACGGAUGAGGGAAAUGUGCUUGCCAAGACCUCAAGGGGGAUUGCCGUCCACUACGGAAAACAAUCCAAGAGAGCAUCUUAAAGCGGUAGAGCUCCGAAGCGGGAGGAAUCUUGAGAAGGCCAAUGGGAAGAAGCAUGUUGUAGAGGAGGAUGAGCCUCAAGUGGUGAUUGAUGUCGCUAGCUCUAGUCAAGAACUACCUAAUGCUAGUGAGGAGGUGGCUAUUAACAUCGAGGAAGCAUAUGUGAGACCUCCACCACCUCCACCCUUUGUUCCGAAAGUACCAUUUCCAAGCCGGCUAAGGAAGGCACCGGACAACCAAAAGUUCCAUAAGUUCCUUGAGGUUUUCAAGAAACUUCAAAUCAACCUUAGUUUGGCGGAUGCUCUAAGAGAGAUGCCCCAAUACGCGAAGUUCUUGAAAGACAUCAUCAUGAAUAAGCGUAGUUGGGAGCAAGGCGGAACAAUACCCCUCACGGAGAAUUGUAGUUCUAUAAUUCAAAGCAACCUACCAACAAAGCUAAAGGAUCCAGGGAGUUUCACUAUUCCUUGCACCAUUGGAAAUACUAAUGCUAUAAAUUGUUUAUGUGAUCUUGGUGCAAGUAUUAAUUUGAUGCCUUUGUUUCUUUUUAGGUCCUUAUUUGGUGAACAACCGGUGAAGCAUACCUCGAUGGUGCUACAACUAGCCGAUCACUCUCUCAAGAAGCCGUAUGGGAUAGUAGAAGAUGUGCUUGUUAAGGUGGAUAAAUUCAUCUUUCCGGUGGAUUUUGUAAUCUUGGACUACGCGGUGGAUAAAGAGUGUCCUAUGAUCCUUGGCCGCCCAUUCAUGAACACCGGGCGUGCUCUUAUUGAUGUGCAUGCCGGAAAGCUUACCUUGAGAAUUGAUGAGGAAAAAGUGGAGUUUGAUAUGAAGAGGGUGAUGCGGAACACCAUCGAGGACGAAGAGUGCAUGAGGGUUGAUUUGGUGGACAAUCUUGUGGAAGAUCAAUUGAAAGAGAAUGUGGAAGUCAUCAACCAAGGAGUUUCACGGAAUUUGGAAGAGUUUGACCACUGCAAGGGGUGUCUCGAUCGAGACAGCCACCCAGAAAACUGUCUCAAUCGAGACACAUGUAGCACAAAAGCUACUGCCCCAAAUCUUGGCCUUGUCUCGAUUGAGACAGGGGUGUCUCGAUCGAGACAAGGGAAAAUCACUCCUUGUCUCGUUUUGGACCCCUCUGUCUCGAAAGAGACAAGCUGUAAUGGGGAAAUUACUGAUUUUUCUCGAGUUUCAAAGGUUGUCUUCCAUUCCGAUGACAUUGAGGGUGAGUAUUCCGAAGAAGAGGAGCCAAGGCCGGAAAUCUUGAUAAAAGAAGGAGGAGUGACACCCCCAUCUUCCGAGGUGCCACCAAUUGUUGAAAUGAAACCGUUACCACUUCACCUCCGAUAUGCAUUUGUGGGAGAAAACAGAACGCUCCCCAUCAUCAUCUCCGAUAAGCUUUCAAAAGAGCAAGAGAAAAGGGUUGUUCAAGUAGUGAAGAGUCAUGUGUUGGCCAUGGGAUGGCAAAUUUCCGACAUCCGAGGGAUAAGCCCUCAAGUUGUGAUGCACAAGAUUCAUCUUGAAGACGAGUCGAAGAGAUCAACUCAAAGGCAAAGGAGAUUGAAUCCAAAUAUGAAGGAAGUUGUGCACAAAGAGAUUGUCAAGCUCCUCGACGCCGGGAUAAUCUACCCUAUUUCGGAUAGUGGGUGGGUUAGCCCGAUUCAAUGCGUGCCUAAAAAGGGAGGUAUAACGGUGGUGGAAAAUGACAAGGGAGAGCAAAUCUCCACAAGAACGGUGACCGGUUGGAGAGUAUGCAUUGAUUAUCGAAAGCUCAACGCGGAAACCCGAAAAGAUCACUUUCCGCUACCAUUUAUCGAUCAAAUGUUGGAGAGAGUAGCGGGUCACAAGUUUUACUGUUUCCUCGACGGGUACUCCGGAUACAACCAAAUAUUAAUUCUCCCGGAAGACCAAGAGAAGACGACCUUCACAUGCCCCUACGGUACCUUCGCAUACCGCCGGAUGCCUUUUGGUCUAUGCAACGCACCCGCUACAUUUCAAAGAUGCAUGACCUCAAUCUUCAAUGAUAUGAUUGAAGAUAUUAUGGAGGUGUUUAUGGAUGACUUUUCCGUCUUUGGGGAUUCUUUUGAUAAGUGCUUGGUAAAUCUUGAACGCGUAUUGAAACGGUGUGAGGAAGCAAAUUUGGUACUUAAUUGGGAGAAGUGCCAUUUCAUGGUUGAAGAAGGUAUUGUGCUCGGGCACAAGAUUUCCGAGAAAGGUAUUGAGGUGGAUAGAGCUAAGACGGAGGUAAUCGAGAGAUUGGUUGCCCCGACCACGGUGAAGGGAGUCCGGGCAUUUUUAGGCCAUGCGGGUUUUUACCGGCGAUUCAUUAAGGACUUCUCAUCUAUUGCAAGGCCGUUGACGAAUCUCCUAGUGAAGGAUGCCCCAUUUGAGUUCACAAGGGAGUGUUGUGAGGCGUUUGGGAAAUUGAAGGAAGCACUUGUGACCGCUCCGAUCAUUUCAACUCCGGAUUGGAGUUUACCUUUUGAGCUCAUGUGCGAUGCAAGUGACCAAGCUCUAGGGUGUGUGUUGGGGCAACGUAAGGAGAAGCGAGUCCAUGUGAUUUAUUAUGCUAGUAGAACUUUGGCGGGGGCUCAAUUGAACUACACCACCACGGAAAAAGAGAUGCUCGCCGUGGUUUUUGCUCUUGAUAAAUUCCGGUCUUAUCUACUUGGGGCCAAGACUAUUGUUUUUACCGACCACGCGGCAUUGAGGCAUCUUUUCGCCAAGCAAGAUGCAAAGCCUCGCCUAAUCCGGUGGAUCCUAUUGAUGCAAGAAUUUGAUAUUGAAAUCCGGGAUAAAAAGGGAACGGAAAAUGUGGUUGCGGACCAUCUAUCAAGGCUUGAGAACCCGGAAGCAAUCCCAAUUGGAGUGGAGAUUAAUGAGCAAUUCCCGGAUGAAAUGUUGAUGGUGAUCUCGGAAGUCGAUACACCUUGGUAUGCGGAUAUUGCAAACUACCUAUCUUCGAAUAUCAUGCCUCCGGAUCUAUCCCAUCAUCAAAGAAAGAAAUUUUUAAGCGAUGUGAAACGAUUUUUGUGGGAUGAACCCUACCUAUUCAAGGUAUGUGGGGAUGGGAUGAUUCGGAGGUGCGUGCCAUUGAACCAAACUAGCGGCCAAGUCGAGGUGUCCAACCGUGAGUUGAAAAGAAUAUUGGAAAAGACGGUGAAUGGGUCUCGAAAGGAUUGGUCCUUAAAGUUAGACGAUGCUUUGUGGGCAUACCGGACGGCUUUUAAAACACCGCUUGGUAUGUCCCCUUUUCGCAUUGUCUACGGAAAGGCGUGCCACUUACCGGUGGAAUUAGAGCACAAGGCUUAUUGGGCCAUCAAAAAGUUGAAUUAUGAUUUCAAGGCGGCGGGUGAGAAGCGCAUGUUACAACUCAAUGAGUUGGAUGAAAUCCGAUUCAAUGCUUAUGAGAAUACUAAGCUCUAUAAGGAGAAAACAAAGCGGUGGCAUGAUGCUCACAUCUCACCCAAGACUUUUGAGGUAGGAGCCUUUGUGUUGCUCUACAAUUCAAGGUUGAGAUUGUUCCCGGGAAAAUUAAAAUCUCGGUGGAGUGGGCCUUUCAAGAUUCGGCAUGUAGCAACCCAUGGAGCUUUAGAAUUGGAAAACCAAAAGGGGGAAACGUUUAAGGUCAACGGACACCGUUGCAAGCCCUACUUGGGACCUUUGACGGAUCAAAUAGGCGAACAAGUCUAUCUAGCCCCUCCUUCGUAAGUCUCAUGUAAUGGAACGGUCGAGCUUUCGACUUAAAACAAGCGCACUCGGGAGGCAAUCCCGAGAGGUUCGAUUUUUAAUCCUUGUCUUUUCAUUUUCUUAGUCAAUUAAUUUUAGUAUUUUAGUUGUUAUUUUAAAUUUUUGUUGUUGGAUUUUAUGCCGGGUGUGUUGUUUGUGUUGUGUAGGCUAAGUAAGAAAAAAAUGGAAUUCCGCUCAUUUUUGGGUGUCUCGAUCGAGACAGUCAUUAAAGGAGCUGUCUCGAUCGAGACAAGAAGGGAAAUCGAGGCAGUAGCUUUUGAGCUACUAG